CAGCUGACUUGUCACAUGACCAAUCACAUGACUACUAACGAUAGACAAAAUUAACCUCAUGUUGUAUUUCUUGUCAUUGCACUUCAGGCAACGUUAUAGCAGAACAAUGUGGCUUUUGUCACUCGUCUACGGACUGGUAUGUUUCUCGCUCGUCUGGGGCGGACCCCUGGAGGCUGAUCAAGACACAUCUGUCCCCGAGGAGUGGACUCUUGUUGGCAGAGCAGACCCCGCCGAAGAGGUGGAGCUGACGUUUGCCCUGAGGCAGCAGAAUGUGGAUCAGAUGAAAGUUCUGCUGGACAGGUUAUCGGACCCUGACUCAGCAGCGUAUGGCAAGUUCUUGGACUUGACUGAAGUGGCUCAAUUGGUCCAGCCUGGCAAGCUGACCCAGAAGGUAGUGGCCAGCUGGCUACAGAGCCAUGGGGUGCACGAAUGUCGCACGGUCAUCACCCUGGACUUUCUGCAGUGUGUCAUGACUGUUGAAGUUGCUGAGUCUCUGCUUCCAGGCAGCAGGUUUCAUCACUACAGCAGGGAGGACCAAUUCCUUUUGAGAUCCGUGUCUCAGUACUCCGUCCACGAUGAUGUGUCCCAGCAUCUGGAUUUUGUGGGCGGACUUCACCGCUUCCCACCCAAAGCACAGGAGGUGGGUAAAUCCUGGAGCAAGAGAGGGCGAGUAGCAGGGAAGUUCCACCUGGGAGUGACCCCUGCAGUCAUUAGAGCUCGCUACAACAUGAGUGCCGCUGAUGUGGGCUCCGCCACCAAUAACAGCCAGGCUGUGGCACAGUUCCUGGAGCAGUUCUACCACCCAGCCGACCUGGCCGAGUUCAUGAGCAUGUUUGGGUCAGGAUUCCAACACCUCUCGGCAGUGGACCGUGUGGUGGGGACCCAGGGGGGUGGCAAGGCUGGUCUUGAGGCCAGUCUGGACAUUGAGUACAUUAUGAGCACAGGGGCCAAUAUCUCCACAUGGCUCUUCACCAAUCCAGGGCGCCAUGAGACUCAGGAGCCCUUCCUCCAGUGGAUGGUGCUGCUUAGCAACAUGACCUCCGUGCCCUGGGUCCACACCAUCAGCUACGGAGACGACGAGGACAGCCUGUCCGCCGCCUACAUGCAGCGCAUCAACAAUGAGUUCAUGAAGGCUGGACUUCGGGGCAUUUCUAUGCUUUUUGCAUCUGGUGACAGUGGAGCUGGCUGUAGGCACCUGACGAAAGAGAAUUCUUUCAGGCCUAGUUUUCCUGCUUCAAGUCCUUAUGUGACCACUGUGGGUGGAACCUCAUUCAAGAACCCGUUCAAGCUCACCUAUGAGGUUGUAGACUACAUCAGCGGAGGCGGCUUUAGCAAUGUGUUUGACAUGCCUGAUUAUCAGGCCAGUGCCGUGAACUCCUAUUUGAAUAGCAUGAAGGCUCUCCCUCCAAAGACGUACUUUAACACUAGUGGACGGGCCUAUCCUGACAUUGCUGCUCUCUCCGACAACUACUGGAUCGUCUCCAACCGAGUGCCCAUUCCAUGGGUGUCUGGAACUUCGGCCUCUACGCCAGUGGUCGGAGGAAUUCUGUCUCUUAUUAAUGAUCAACGCUUGUUGAAAGGUCUUCCUCCUCUGGGCUUCCUCAACCCACGCUUGUACAAGUUGCAGGGCAACGGCCUUUUUGAUGUGACUGAGGGAUGCCACAUGAGCUGCUGGGAUGACAAGGUGAGUGGCCAGGGCUUCUGCGCUGCUCCGUCGUGGGACCCCGUCACAGGUUGGGGAACCCCCAACUAUCCAGCCUUGCUGGCCUUGCUACUGGAUUAACUGACACGCCACUACCACCUCACCACCAGAGCUCCAUCAAGCCAUCCUCUGUGUGUCCGUCUCCCCCCAGCAUCGACAUCGUUGGGCAGACCAGUCCACUGACCGAUAAAUCUGACUGGCUCUCCAGUUCCCCUCAGAAACAAAAAGCACUGAGGCAGAUGUUACUUAUGAUUUUACCAGCUCUGUGAAUCUACAGUUACAACCAAUCAAUAUCAAAGAAACCCAUUCAAAAUAUGUAUCUCAGGUUCAAAAAUGAUGAAUUCUAUGAAUUGAAUUGCAGCCUUGCACUAAGAAGUAUCCAGUAAUAACAAUUUCAAGAAGUUUCAAAAAGCAUUAUUUGUUUUUAUUUCAAUGAGUAGCGUAUGCAUGCACCUUCACUCAGGAUUGACACUCAACAGGAGGUUUUUUUUUUUUUUUUUUUUUUAAAUUGAUGAAAGACUAAUGUUUCAAACCCUAAAAUAUCCUCAGUGUGUGCAAUCAUAUCUAUCGCUGUCAAUUUAAAUAGAAGAUAAAAUGACACCAGUAUCUGAAGACAGUAGAGUAGAGAAUGUACAUUUAAUCACCAGCCAAUUUGUUCUUGAACUUUGAAGGGAUGUGACAUUGUAAGUGUUCUUGGUUUUCAGAUUUUAUUGUUACAUAAUGAUGAGAGAUAAAAUGAUUUUAUUUUAAAAUGUGA